AUGAUUGUGCACCAACGAGACUUAUUUUCCUUGUCUUCCUCGACAGCGGAGGGAAGGGCACUGGUUGGAGCAGUGGUUGGAGUAUUUUCGACUGGGGACUUAUGGAUGAAUUCUCCAGCUGCAACGUCGAGCGAUGUGCGACCCUCUUCAGGAACCUUGGGUGAAGAGGAGAACCAUCCACCAGGGAAGAAACGAGAAGAGGUCGUGGACUCCAGUCUGUUGCGGUUAGCUCCGUUGUUGGUGGGAAUAUCGAUGCGGAGGGUGCUGGAUUCAGUGACCUCAGUGGCAUUAAGCUCGUCGACAGCAGACAAGCUUGGCCUGAAUGCACGAAGUCAGGAGUAA